GGAACAAUAAGCGGAGUGCCAAGGAGGGUCAUAGGGGAACGUUUGAAAGUAAUAUCGACCAUAUGCAAAAUACCACAACGGAUGUUAGUCAUCACACAGCUCCGAGGAAGUACAUGUCAAGUAAAUGUACUUGAUUUAAAGCGAAUUAAGAUACCUGUCACACUUCUAUCUCUUGCUAUAUAACCUAGUGCAGUACUACAGUGUGGUCACAAAGACGCAACAGGACCAAAGGGAAGGCGCUGUAGAGCGGCAGAGCGCGCGGACUGGAGCAGAGAGAGAACUGAGCGGAGGUUGCGACCAAGGAACAUCAUUUUUGCGCACGCUUAAGGCAUUUAUAUGGAGAGGAGACGAUACCAGUUUCCGCAGGUGUAAACAUCGAGCUCUCAAAAGUCAUAGUGUUUGAAAAACAUUUGAACUCAGUUUACUUGAAUAGCCUAUUUCUACUUUUGAAAAUAGACGAAGAAAUAAUACUUUUAGGGCUGAAUAGUUGCGCGCAACAGAUAGCUGCAUCAUGAAAUUACUUCUGCCGCUUGUGAUAGCUUUUCUUGCUAUUGGCCAAUUUUUCUGUGAAGAAAUUGGUCCAAAAGAAGAUCUUGAUUAUUGGACAAACGAUCAAAUUACGGACGAGUGGCUGUCGUCUGACCCGUUCAGAGAGAUACUGCGGAGAAUGACGCGGAAACCGCGGCCUCAUCAGUUCUUUGGCCUGAUGGGGAAACGCUCCUCCGCAAAUGCACAGAUAACCCGAAAAAGGCAUAAAAUUAACUCCUUUGUUGGACUGAUGGGCAAGAGGAGCCAAGACGAACCAGAUUCAUAUGAGUGGAACACACAGCAGAACUACGACAAGCGCCGCUAACCGGUUGGUCUGUACUCAGUCCUCUGCUAUUGGUCCGCUUCUCAUCCAGUCAUUCCUACAGAAGAGUGGAAGGGGUGUCUGAUGCCGAGUUUUGUUUCCUCCAAAAUAUGUAUAGUCAAACUUAUUGUAAUAAAAUGUCUGUUUUCACAUCAUGGUGAUGUAGCUGUACUGUACCUGACUGUACCAAAUUUGAUUUGUCCAGGAAGAAGGGGUUGAAAAGGAGGGCAGGAGUGUGAUCUGAAUAAGGUUUCAAUAUUCCGGUUGUUUUUCCCAAAAUUCCCAGGUUUUCCAAAAAUUCCGGUUGGAAGAUUGGAAUUAGAAAGGAAAUUAUUAGAAGGACAUUUCCAGAAUCCUCCAACCAGGAUUUCUGGGAAAACCUGGGAAAUUUGGGAAAGUUAGUGGACUGUUUGUCACCCUUGGUGUGAACUGAUACUCCUACCGUACCUUACAGAAACAUUAUGUUAUUUAAUGUAUGUCAAAGUAUUAGUACCAUCAGCAUAUCAUAUGUUCCAGAGAAUACUGUUGUCGUGGACCAUCAAAGCAAAGCUCUACCCCAGGGUAUGUAGAAAAUUGCACUGCCAAUCACACUGUCUAGUGCCUCAUAACUGUUUUAAUCACAACCGAUUGUGCUGUAAAUAAACUACACACGCUGGUACACAACAGACAUGCUGCUCUGUCAGGGCACGUUCUCAUUUAAAUUGACUGUAAAUUAAACUGUCAAACUGUCAUGUUUAUAACACCAAGACCUAUGGUAUGACAGAAUACUUGUAUGUAAUUGCGGCUUGAUAUAUUAAAACUAUUUUCUUUA